AUGAACCGGCGAUGUCGCUUCCAUUUUCAUUUGAUUCUGAAUUCCAUAUUGCAGAAGAUGAAGCUGUUCGUCUUUCUUGUCUGCACCGCCGUGUUCUGCGUGAGAGUCUUGGAGGCGCAGCCACUACAUCGAUCUGACGACUCCCAUCUGAUGGUGAAAAGACCUGAGAGAGAUGGUAGCCGCUACGGACGUCUAGUCGACGACUCCCCUCUGAUGGUGAAAAGACCUGAGAGAGAUGGUAGCCGCUACGGACGUCUAGUCGACGACUCCUCUGAUGGUGAAAAGACCUGA